AUGGGCAGACCCGUGGCUUCAAACGUCCACAACGAGGUGCAGCCGAGAACCUUCGGGUAUGGCCAGACUGUUCUCCAGCCCGAGACGGGGACGGCAGCUGGGGGCAACGGCACCCAUGGCGAGGCGAAGACUGAGGCUCCGCCGCCGCUCGGCAUCCUCGCGAGGCUCGAGAGCCGCACCUUUUCUGGGUUCGGCUUCAACACCAUCUUCCGGCCGCACGGAAGCAGAACGCCGACUAAACUCGACAUCACUCCUCCACCCGGACCGUUCCCGGAUGACAACAUCCUGCAGCUCAACCUGACCAAGGAGACGAUGAAGUUCGACAAGCAGCUCGGGGAGGUGCCCAACCGCGGGCUGUUCACGCAGGCCGACAUCAACCUCAACGGCAUCCCCUAUACGCAAGAGAUCACUGAUGCCAUGGACAAGACGAUCAAGAAGCCGCCCACCCUUCACUAUGAGAACGGCCUCUGGAUGCACGUGCCUGAGAGCAUGACGCCCGCUCUGCCGACCUCCCUCGCCCGCAUGGGCUCCAUCCCGCACGGCACGACCAUCAACGCGCAGUCUUUCUCGGCGCCCGUCACCUCCAGGGGCGCGCCGCACAUCAAGAAGCACCAGACGGCUUCCAACAAGGCCACCUUCCGCCUGCCGCAGGACCUCACGCCCUUCACCCAGGCGGAGACCAUCACGCAGGAGAUGCUCGACAACCCCAACGUCGUGCUGAGCAACGCCAACAAGGGCAAGGACAUUGUCGACUCGACGACCUACACCAUCUCGACGGCGCCGCCCAAGUCCACUUUCGGCGGGGCCACCGCCAACAUCGGCUUCCUCGUCGGCGACGGCUCCGACGACAACAACAGCCCCGGCCGCCCCAACGCCAACGCCGUGCAGGUGACGGUCACGUACUGGAUCUCGACGGUCCGCACCAAGAUCCACCUCGAGCCGUUCAAGCCGCAGAACAAGGACGACAAGAAGACCUUCUCGGCCGUCCCCUUGCGUCCGAACGACGCCGUGCCCACCUUCACCGUCGACUUUGAGAUCCCCGCGGCCAAGACGGUCACGGUCGAGUACACGCAGCUGCAGUACUCGCAGAACGUCCUGCUCGACUUCGCCAAGCUCAGCUGGCCGCACGCCACGGUCGCGACCCUGGCGCAGCAGGACGUGAAGCUGGACGCCUCAGUCCUUCAGCAGUAG